GCACUAUUUUCGGUGAGAGAUUAUUUGAUACAUUUUAUUUGAGUUUGAGGCACUGCGAAGUUUGGCCGCACGUUUAUUUUGCUGUUCAUUUCUAUUUGGAAAAAACUAAGAAAAGCGCAAUAUGAGGGUGGCAACCUUUUUGCUCUUUGCUUUAUUUUCUCACGACCCGGCAUUGUCAAACCGCAUCAAGACUACGGAUUGUCCUGAUUUCGGCAAGGCGAGACCCUUAGCCGCGGCACCUAUUUUCACAAAUGACGAUUCUAAUCUGAGUUUCGAGCAUUGCGGCGAGGCGAGUGAAAAUGCCAAAUCUCCGUGGCACAUCAGCUUUUUCGCACGUAAUUUUGGUUUCGUGGGAGACUCGGUUUGCAGCGGCGCCCUUGUUUCCGAGAAAACUGUCAUCUCCUCCGAUACGUCCGUUGACUGCUCAAUGGUCCACGAUGAAUUCGUCACGGGCUCAAACCGAGUGCGAGUUUUCGGAGGCGCAACUUGCACAGGUGGUGAGAAUUGCUUCAAUGGUCGCCAAUCCCUCGGCCAGCAUCAGAAGGUUGCAAAUGUGACCGUUUUGAAAAUAAAUGGGUUUACGAGCGUUUACGUGUGGACACUGAAAAACAAGGUCACUGUGAGCGAAUUUCUGAAGCCAAUCUGCCUGUGGAAUCGCAACAACUUGCCUGAAUCUUUGCUCCAGUCAAAAUUUUACCAGGUUUCACCAUCGGGUGACUUGAAGGAAGUACAGAAGGUGCGAGACGAAGAGGGCCACCUGUCUACGCAGAUCGACGUAAGCGAAUGCAAAAAUUUGAAUCACACGAUCCGAACCACCUCAUUUGGAGCAGAUUCCAGUUAUUUGAUUGUCCGUCGGGACAACAGAUUUUAUGUGCGGGGCGCUUUUUCUACGUCGUCAAGUGACUACACCAUUUGGUAUGACCUGCUGCCACAAACGGCGCAAAUCGUGGCCGCCUCCACCGACCUCAUUGGCAUGCCUCCGAUUCCAAAAACCAAGAGGAAAAUCGAUUUUGGCGGUGAGCAGAGUUUCGCGGGUUGCGGACAAGAUUCGGCAGAGCGAAACCCUUGGCACGCGACUUUCACUCCGCAGUUAUGCGCCGCAACUUUGAUUUCAAAACAGGCCGCCGUCACAGCCGCGCAUUGUCUAUUUGACGAGGCAGGAAGGCGGAUUUUGGCAGAUCAGGUGCAUCUUACUUUCGGCACCGUGGACAAGACCAAAGAAAACGAGCCGACGCGACAAACAGUCACCACUUCCAGGGUUGUGGUGCACCCUGAGUUCGACCCAGCCGGAAAACACUUUGAAAACGACGUCGCCCUUUUGAUUUUCGAAAAGGAUCAAAUUCAGAUCAACGAAAAUGUGAAGCCGAUUUGCCUGUGGAACGACGGAUACAGUUUGGAUCGGAUUUCCAAUAAAACCGGAAAGGUUGUGAUGGGUUUAGGCGAAAAGAGUUUGCAAGAAUCUAGCCUUGAAAUCAUUCCUUACCAAGACUGCUACUUGACAAAUCCAAAAUUCUUCUCCAAAAACUUGCGUCCGACCAAAAACUUUUGCCUCGCUUUUGCUGAAACAGGUGGUUCGUCGGAUUGCGUCGGAGGAAACGGAGGCGCGUUUGUUCUGCACAAGAAAAAAACGAGACGCCACUUUUUGCGCGGCCUCCAGCAAGGCAGGGAAAAGCUGGCGUGCAAUCAUAAGGAAAUUUCGCUUUUCACCGAUUUGACCUUCCACCUGGACUGGAUUGCUCAAAACACGCCGGACAUUCAUCUUGCUUGAAUUCAGGACAAACACGUUUUUUUUUUUUCAUUUUUAUCCUCAAUUUGAAUGGGACGUAAAAAUUGUUUGCUGGGAAUUUUGUGUACAAAAUAUUGAAAUCUUGAGAAAUAAUUUAUAGAGUUAAAGUAGAUUGGAAUCUAAUAAAAAUAUCAUAAUGAGUUUCAAUUAAA